AUGCGACAGGCAUCAGCUUUGCAAGUGAAGCAUCUGCAAGUUGAGCCUGAGAUGGAGCGAUUUGCAGCGAAGGUGAAGGAGGUGGACGAGAAGCUGAAAGAGCUGGAGGAUGCAGCAUCCACGACCUCCUCGCCAGACCUAGAUCAAGACGAUUUGGAAGAUCUGCCGCCGCCACCGAGCAGCCUCAAGCGCAAGGAGAGCAUCUCCAUGAUGCGGCGCUUCAGCCGACAAAUCUCUGAUGAUGAACCUGAGAUCGUGGCCAUGCGACUAGGCUCCAGGAAGGCGGUCACGGCCACGGACUUCGACGCGCGAACUCAGAGCGAAUCCCGGGAUUCGCGGAUGUCCUCCAAAGCUGCGACCAACGCGCCCAAAGCAGACGCAGAGCUCGCAGCACGCCGCCCUUCCUUGACGAAAGAGCUGGACCAGCUCAUGGAAAACUUGAAGAAGGAUCCCACCGAGGAGGGCUUCACCCAGUCGGAAGUCUCACGGCUCUACUCGGGCUUCCGGCGGUUCAUGAUGCCGGGAAGCAUCGAUGUCCACAAAGAUGACAUCUUCGAGCUGCUGACGUUUCUGGGUUGCGUCUUCCUGGAUCGGGUGGAGGUCCGCGCGCUGAUGGACAAGACAACGAAAUAUGACUACAUGGGCUUCGACGACUUCGAAAGCUUCAUGGGCAAAUAUGCACAGUAUUGCCAAGAACGGUACAGGGUAAUCUUCGAUCGCUUCGACGAAGAUGGAUCCGGGACCAUCUCAAUCGAGGAGCUGAGGGAGAUGCUUCACUACCUUGGCUUCAUGCCGAACCGACGGAUGAUCCAGGAAGCGCUUUCCGCCAUCACCGCCGGCGGCAAGGAUUGCCUCGAUUUCGAUCAGCUUGUGCUGUUCCUGCUGGUCUAUCGCCGGAGGGAAGGCUUCUGUCGUGCCGAGGUCGGCGAGCUGCAGCAGAUUCACGCUCUGUACAGCGACGGGGAUCCUCCACUGAUGCCCGUGUCGAUGCUGGGUGCUGCGCUCAAGCAGGCCUUUGGCCGACAGGUGCAUGACUUUGCGGCCAAAGUGCAAGAGCAGCUGCAGAAAGGACAGAUCUACCGAUCGUGUACUUGCUCGCCUGAUCCGGACUAUGAGCCCGAGAAGCUACGCCUCUCUGACUUCCUGAUCAUCUGCCGGAAUUGUCGCGAAGACAUGCAUAAAGAGAUGGACAUGAUUUGGCCUCCCAGCUACGAGUCGGACUCGGAGGAGAAGUCAGAGGAGGACCGUGGCCUUGUCAUCAAAUGUAACCCACACGGCGAAGGGACCAUCAGCGACGAGCAGCUGCGUGCAGCACUCAAGAGUAUGGACUACGUGCCGUUGACGAAGGCCAUGCUGGACGUCUAUGUCCAGGUGAUCGGAACUCCCAUCCCACGCGUGGCCGGCCUGACACGAGGGGAUGCGAGUUGGGAGUUUCCAAAGAAGAAUCCUUGA